GACACUGAAGGUUCAAGUAAGACUGAUGUGAGGAAGGACUACAACAGCGACUGGGGGAUUGAUAUACAUAAUAUUGCAAAAAUGCUCUGGUUUGAUGGCUCUAUCCCUGCCGCCAUCGUCUCAGCCAAGCAGGCAAACUGUGUAUUCGUCGUCGUUAUUACAGGAGAUGACGAGCAGUCCACACAGAUGAUGUCCAGCUGGGAAGAUGACGAAGUUGCGCAGGCCACAGAAGGCUGUUUUAUAGCAAUUAAGAUAGAUGCGAAAAGUGAAACCUGUGUGCAGUUCUCUCAAAUCUAUCCAGUAGUCUGCAUCCCAUCCAGUUUCUUCAUAGGAGAGAAUGGUAUUCCCUUGGAGGUGAUUGCUGGCAGUGUCCCAGCGCAAGAACUCAUAAAGCGGAUCAGCAAGGUCAAACAGAUGCAUGCACAGGACGCGGAGGUCUCGAACGCGGUCUUGGAUCAGGCUGAAGAGCACAUGGACGAAUCCACCCCACCUUCUGUCAGCCCAGACCCAGUCGCUGAGCAGGCCUCCCCGUCAGCCAGCGACCAGCCUAACAGCGCUGUACCCCCCAGUACAGCCUCAGAGAACAGCACUCUGCCCCCCAGUCCAGCCUCAGAGAACAGCACUCCCUCCCCCAGUGCAGCCUCAGAGAACAGCACUCCCCCCCCCAGUGCAGCCUCAGAGAACAGCACACCCCCUGCUCCAUCCAAAGAAUCCCUCUCCAGGCCGGCAGAGGAGGGCGGAGCCUCGGGCUACGUGACCCCGGCCGAGGACAGGAGCCUUUCCUCAGAUGACCUGUCUCUCAGCUCCCAGCCGGACGAGGGUUUGGAUGCCAAGGUGGAGAGACUAACCAAGAAGCUGGAGGAGAGGCGGGAGCGCAAGAAGAAAGGAGAAGAGGAGCAGGAGAUAAAGAAGGAGAUAGACCGCCGGAGACAGGGGAAGGAGAUGCUGGACUACAAGCGCAAGCAGGAGGGGGAGAGGACCAAGCGCCUGCUGGAGGACCGGAACAGGGAGAAGGCGGAGGAGAAGGCAGCGCGGGACCGCGUCAAGCAGCAGAUCGCCCUGGACCGGGCUGACCGAGCGGCCCGCUACGCCAAGAACCAGGAGGAGGCGGAUGCAGCCAAGGCCGCAGCACUGCAGGCCCGACAGGCAGAGAUGGAGGCCCGGAAGGAGACGCUGCAGAGAGAGAGGAGUGCUGUAGCAAGGAUACAGUUCCGUCUUCCAGACGGCUCGUCCUUCACCAACCAGUUCCCGUCUGAGGCCCUGCUGCAGGACGCGCGGGAUUUCGCCGCUCAGGAAGUAGGCAACCGGUAUGGCAAUUUCUCUCUGGCCACCAUGUUCCCCAGGAGAGAGUUCACUGGAGAGGACCUGGACAGGACACUCCUGGAGCUGGAACUCGCUCCCAGUGCAUCCGUCGUGCUGCUGCCUCAGUCGGGAAGGCCGGCCAAUGCUGUGGCCCAGUCUUCAGGCGGGGGCUUGUGGGAGAUGCUGGGGACGGUCUUCUACCCCCUGCUGGUGGUUUGGAGGUUCAUCAGCAGCUUUCUGUUCUCCAGUGCUCCGGCCCCUGGCUCUUCCCCCAGGGCCCCAGCCGAGAGACCUGCCCCCAGCUCCGCCUCAGCCAGCCAACCAAAUAGAGAGUUCAUUCGGAAGCGGGUUCUGGAGAAACGACCUGAGGACUUCAAAAAAGACGGCAAAAUCUACAGACUAAGGACUCAGGAAGACAGUGAGGAUGACAACAACACCUGGAAUGGCAACUCCACCCAACAGAUGUAGCCCACUGAUGCUAAAUACUGUGCAAUAAUGUUUAUUUCCCUUUUCUUACCAGGUUUGUGUACAUUGAGAACAUGACUGCAGUAUGUUCCUGUGCAAGCCUGGUCCCACUGAUCCCUUGCAUGGUUAGCUAAAUAUAAUCAGUGACUUCCCAUUGGCUUGGACAGCAUUAUGUUUUUACUUUAUUGCUAUCAUUUGCGAAUAAUUUUCCCCCCUGGUAGAAUAUGGCCCAAAACCAGUCAUACCAAUUUUAUUACUACCAGGAGUUUCUGGGUUGUCCAUUGCUUGAUCUUAUGGGUGAUAAUUUUUUUGGGGGUGGGGGGACAAUCAAUUUUAUUUAACAAUGGCUUCAUGAAGAAAACUAGUCAGGCAAAAAAUUUGAAAUGACUGGCAUUUGUGUGUUUUAUAUUAAGGGAUUCCUUAAUGAGUGUAUUGUCUGCCUAGACUGCGGAAUGUUCUUCUAGUUGAAAAGGGGAAGACUUUACAGCUCUCGUUUAAUAUUAGAAAUUUAAGAAAAAGUUUUUCAUAUAAUGGCAUUUUUCACCUGCUGUGGUUUUAUUUGGUGAUACUGUAUAGUUUUUCUAUAAUCGCAAGGUUGUGCACUUCAUGCAUGUUAAUCAUGGAAAUCAAAAGCAUGACUGUUGGUUCCGUCGGUUUCUACGGCUGGGGAUCGUAGAGCAGUGCUACGUAACUCCAGGUCCUGCGGGCCGCAGUGUCUGCAGCGUUUUCUCCAAACAUACGCGACACUACAUGAUUUCACUCAUUAUCUUACAGCACCACCUUGGUUCUGGAAGCAGUGGCAUCUGCUGAGUUGAAAUCUGUACAACUACAUUCGUUAAUAAAUUAUAAUUUCAAGAUCUUGAAGUGCAGAUUUUGUAGCCUUUAUCAUAGUUUGGAUAUCUUUUUCUCCUGCGCUUGUAAAACUGAUUUUCCUAAAAUCUCUCUGCCGUAAUGUGAAGAAAUAAACUGUCUUUGCCUGCCAACUGAUUAUUUAUAUCCUUGGCACACUUUUAUUAAUUGAUUAAUGAAAAGUUGAAACCAAUGAUCAUGUCAAAAUAGCUAUGAAUGCCAUGAAGAAGUCCCAUAUUCAAAUUGUGCUUAUUGCUCUAUAUUGUAAACAAUUAAAUAAAAAUGGGUAAUUGUUUACUGAUCAUAUUUAAGACUGAGGUGAAUCCAUAGGUUCCUAACUGGUGAAAGUGUAGACACGUGGCCACUACUCAAAAGACAUGCAAUUCUGCAAUAAGUUAAUCACUUUAAGAGGGAAAUCCUAUGAAAUAAACAUAUGUGCAACAGACACAUUUGGGGACGCAAUCUUUAAUUUGAUCUAAUUAAGCAUCUAAUUAAUUAAAUAAAAAAUUUUAAAGUAAUGGUUUGUUAAAAUUCUGUGAUUGAAAUUGUGGUUGGAAGGAAAACCAGCAUACACAGGGGACCCAAGGUCUAGUGCAUUGUUGGGGCAAGAACAACAGACACUGUGGCCAACAGGACCUGGAGUUGAGUAGUGUUGUCUUGUGGACUGAAGGGGAUUGUAUAUUGUGUACAGGUCAGGUAUUUGGUACCAGAUGGUUGUCAUUAUGGCUCACUGUGAUGUCCGGUACUUUUGUUUUUACUUUACCUAUGUGUCAGCUGCAAUGUCUGGAACUAAAAUCAUACCCAAAAGAUAUUGCCCCCCCCCCACCCCCCGAUGGAAAUGGAAUAUAUUUGAAAACUAUGGAUAUAAUGCAACAAUAUAUUGACAGAUAAAGACAUGCUUGCUGCUUUAAGAAACUGCAAUAUACCACAGUGCUGUGGAAUAUUUGUCAUAUUUCCCAAAAGUUGAUACAAUAUUACAAUAUAUUACAUUUCCAUAAGUAUGAAGUUGCUUGUACAUCUGGAAAGGAUUUAUGAUGUGUCAUAAGAUCAUGUGUGUUUGGAUGAACUUCCGUGAUUUUUUUAAAUUAUUUUUUUUGUGAACAGCAACCUGUACAAAUUAAUAACAUUAAAAAAUGUUGUUUAAAAAGCUA